ACACCGUAAACCGUUCUAGACCGGAAGUGCUUUUAGCAUCUCAAUGUCGUAAAAGUUCAACAGAUCAGAUCAAAGGUCUGGUCAUUGUAAUGUUUCAGAGCUUGGGAGGGACAGUACAAACUUCCUAUUUAGAUAUAAAUAAAGAUGGCACACCCACCGUGGAUGAAUGGAGUAUCAGCAUUUCCAAGCCCAGUGCUUCAGUUUCUUUUUAAUGUAAUCGAAUUUAUCAUCCGUCCUUUUAUCUUCGUUCUCACUGGAGCUGCAGGACCAUUUGUGCCUACAACACCAGAACGUGAUCGCCCAAAGUAUCUUGCAGUGCAGAAAAUAGUGUUUGUUCCAGUCUACACAGUUGGAGUUGUUCUGUUGUUCUUGCCGAUGCUCAUUGCGUUUCUGUUAAGAAACAUUUUACACCAGUUCAGACGGCCAUUUUGUCUCUCGGUCAGAAAGGACAUGGCUGUUGCUCAACCAAAAUCUACUUAUUCUGUAGUGACAGGAAAUCUUUGCCUUAUGCCAGAAAUAUUUUCAAAAUAUAAUAACCUAGAUAAAACGGCACAAAGAGCUGUUAAAAUCGGUGAGAGGGUUGUUAUAGAUCAAAUGUAUUACACAGAGAUGAUGGAAACAUUCCUCAAAAAUCAUGAACACACUACAAGAAAUGGUUGUAUAAACACACUAGGACAUGGAAGGAUACAAACAAGAAGUAUGGACAAGUCAAGAGACUUGAACAGAUCACAAAAUAUAGAUUCUGAAGUUAAAGUUGAUGUAAUAGCACAUUUUCCACAAUUGGACUUUUUAUGCCUUCAGGAAACUUUCGAUCGUGACUAUUCAAAAUUACUUGUUGCCGAACUUCAUAAAGUUUACCCAUGGAUUGUGUUUGAUGUAGGAUAUAACAGUCCCAGGCUGAACUAUUGUGGUUUGAACAGUGGCCUCAUGUUUGCCAGCCGCUAUGAAAUUCUGGACAUCCGAUUCAAACCAUUUUCUUCAAGAUGUGGGUUUUGUACAAUAGUUGGGAAAGGUCUGUUAAUGGUAAAGGUUUGUGUGCAAAAGAAAGAUACUGGAAAAGAAGUUGGUUAUGUAUUCAACACACAUCUUCAGGCUUUUCAAGGAGACAAUCCAAUAGUAUAUCGUCAGUUAACAGAGAUCCUUAAGUGGUCGUCAGAAUUUAGAGCGGAAACUUUUGAAGAUGGUGAUGAAGUAUUGUUUGAUAUGCUGUGUGGAGAUUUUAAUAUUGACAAUAUGUCACCAGGUGAUGUGCAUGUAUCAGAGCAUGAACUGUUUGAAACCUAUGUAGAUGUGUGUAGGGAGAAGCCUGGCAAGGACUAUGACUGGACAGUAGGUACAGAAUUGAGGACACCUUUGUUACAUGAUAAAGCUGUGAGCACGCCUGAAGGACUCAAAGCUGCAAUCGAGGAUCCUUAUUUAAGACAGUAUUAUCUGAUAGAUGCUGAUAUUGAAAGUGCCACUAUGGAUUCAAUCUACAAUGCCCCAUUGAAGAAAGAUAAACAUGGAAACUUGAUUUUGUCACCUGUGGGUGGAAGAAGAAGAAUUGAUGUGGUGCUGUAUAGAAAACAAAGCCCUGUGAUGAUACAGAAUUACAACAUUAUCACACGUUUAGCAUCCCUGACUGACCACAUUCCAGUAUCAGCAACUUUCACAUGUCAUCACUGACCCAGAAAGAGCAGUUAAACAACUUGAGUUUCUCUCACAAGAGACGUUGAAAGUGUAACCAACAGACAACAUUCCUGUAUUUGAAGCACUUACCAAUGAUCUUUGUGGAAGCGGACAAUGUGAGUUAGUGGGAACAGCCAUUGGUUACAAAUAUGUAAAUAACAGGCAAUAUUUAGAAUCCCUGCAUACUAUAUAUAUUUAUUGAAAGCACAUGUAUAGACUCAUAUGAACUCAAAAUAUGACUAAUUUUCACCUUGUGAAAUUCCAUCAUAUUAUAUAGUCUUUCCAUAAUUCUGAUCUAGUUUAAUAAAGUCACCAAAUUCAGAAAUUACACAGGUCAUGCAUAUUGACUCUUUCUUUUUUGAUAUAAAUCAUUUAUAGACUAGAUAAUUCAUAAUGUAAUCUGAUGAAAACAAAUCAAAAUUGCUCUGUUUUGAUAUAAUUAAAACACACAAGCAUUGUAUUGCUGUGAUUGUUUAAGAAAUAAUAUAUGUCAUCCAGUAAUUUGUCGUUGAAUAAAAUCAUUGUUUGGAGUUUAGAUGCGAAGGAAUUAUAUCACGAGUGCGCAGUUUGAGUGAUAUAGUAAUACGCAUCUGAACGACAAUGAUUUUAUUCAAGAGCAAAUCACUAAAUGAGAUAUAUUAUUUCGAUUCUAACACGUUACCAAGGAUUUUUAAGUAUAUCCUUGACGUCCAUCAAAUAUUUGCCUGUUUUUAGCUCACCUGUCACAAAGUGACAAGGUGAGCUUUUGUGAUUGCGCUGAGUCCGUCCGUGCGUGCGUGCAUCCGUCCGUCCAUAAACUUUUGCUUGUGACCACUCUAGAGGUCACAUUUUUAAUGGGAUCUUUAUGAAAGUGGUCAGAAUGUUCACCUUCAUGAUAUCUAGGUCAAGUUCGAAACUGGGUCACGUGUCAUCAAAAACUAGGUCAGUAGGUCUAAAAAUAGAAAAACCUUGUGACCUAUCUAGAGGCCAUAUUUUUCACAAGAUCGUCAUGAAAGUUGGUCUGAAUGUUCACCUUGAUGAUAUCUAGGUCAAGUUCAAAACUGGGUCACAUGCCUUCAAAAACUAGGUCAGUAGGUCAAAUAAUAGAAAAACCUUGUGACCUCUGUAGAGGCCAUAUUUUUCAUGGGAUCUGCAUGAAAAUUGGUCAGAAUGUUCAUCUUGAUGAUAUCUAGGUCAGGUUUGAAAUUGGGUCAACUGCAGUCCAAAACUAGGUCAAUAGGUCUAAAAAUAGAAAACUCUUGUGACCUCCCUAGAGGCUAUAUUUUUCAUGGGAUCUUCAUGAAAAUUGGUCAGAAUGUUUACCUUGAUGAUACCUAAGUCAAGUUUGAAACUGGGUCAUGUGCGGUCCAAAACUAGGUCAUUAGGUCAAAUAAUAGAAAAACCUUGUGACCUAUCUUGGGGGUCAUAUUUUUCAUGGGAUCUGUAUGAAAAUUGGUCAGAAUGUUCAUCUUGAUGAUAUGUAGAUCAGGUUCGAAACUGGGUCACUUGUGGUCAAAAACUAGGUCAGUAAGUCAAAUAAUAGAAAAACCUUGUGACCUCUGUAGAGGCCAUAUUUUUCAUGGGAUCUGUAUGAAAAUUGGUCGGAAUGUUCAUCUCGAUAAUAUCUAGGUCAAGUUCGAAACUGGGUCACAUGCAGUCAAAAACUAGGUCAGUAGGUCAAAUAAUAGAAAAACCUUGUGACCACUCUAGAGGCCAUAGUUUUCAUGGGAUCUGUAUGAAAGUUGGUCUGAGUGUUCAUCUUGAUGAUAUCUAGGUCAAGUUUGAAACCGGGUCAAAUGCGGUCAAAAACUAGGUCACUAGGUCUCAACAUAGAAAGACCUUUUGACCUCUCUAGAGGCCAUAUUUUUCAAUGGAUCUUCAUGAAAAUUGGUCAGAAUUUUUAUCUUGAUGAUGUCUAGGUCAAGUUCAGAAGUAGGUCACAUGAGCUCAAAAACUAGGUCACUAUGUCAAAUAAUAGAAAAAAACGACGUAAUACUCAGUUAAUGUGGGGGCAGGUGAGCGAUUCAGGACCAUCAUGGUCCUCUUGUUUGUUGGUUUCUUUUCCAACGUGCGGCUAUGACUUAAUAAUUGUAAUGUCAGAACAGUGAAUUGCUGUUAAAUAACACACAUUUUUCAGCCUUCUUUGUUUAAUAAGAAAACAAAUCGGGUUGAAUUAGAAUGUGUUUUUAAACAGAAAUGUGUUAUCAAAAUAAAAUUAGCAUCUAACAGAAAUAUUGCCACAAACAAAAGUUUUUGGAAGUUUCUUAUAAAAAUUAUUAAACUUUCUUUAGUGAUAAGGCUGAUGAAUAAUCAAGUAUUCCUGUCCUCAAACAGCUCUUAUUGUUGUUGUUGUCACUUUUAUUUUUUUUUUUUAUUAUUUUUUUUUUUGUUUGCAUUUAUUCUGUAGGUUUCAGUUCCCAUUUCUUUAUUAUAUUCUAUUAGAAACACUUUAUUUCAUCCUUCUACAUUUCAUUUCUGUCAACCCCUUUAGGCCUAAAUUUAGUUUAACAAGUUGUUUCAAAUGAUCACCAUAAUGUUAAACAUUAAUUAAUGAUUCAUAAUUAAUUUAAAAAGAAGAAUACUAGUAGAUAGGUGUUAUUAUGCUAAUACAGGGUCCUUGCUUUACAAAGUAGGUACAACAUCCAAAGUGAGGGAGCCAUCCAGCUGGCAUACAGAAGGUCAAGGUCAAUGGUUUUACCCAAAUGCCCACCCAUGCCUGAAAUAAUGCCUAAAGGAGCACUUGGAUUCUUUCUCCAUCGCCAAAGCUUGAAAAAUCACCACAUGACCUAAAUUCUGUUGGUGGAGUCUAAACCCAACAAAAAAAGACACUCAAAAAUAGUCCAAAUGUAAUCCAUGUAAGGAGUUCAGUGUUUUUUCUCGGCCAUUUUGGAGGCCGAAAUUCGGCCCCAUUCCCCUAAACUGUACCAUUUAAAACGCGAGACAAUGUGCUUUUUAAUUACUUCCUCUUCUAGUGUAACAUAAUUAAGAAAAUUAUUGCUUUCAUCACGACAAUAUUUUUCCCUUAUUUUAGUUUAAGAAAAAUAGUGCUUUCAUCACGAUGCAAUUUUUCCCUUAUUUUAGUCAUUACGGCGUGAUUUUCCACUUCUUACGGGCCUCCCACCAUUCCCCUUAAACUGAAAAAAAUGCUGGAGUUUAUUGGAAAAAGCUGCUUUUGCUAGUCAACAAAUCUGAGGGUAAUCAUAAUCUGUACUACGUCAGUGACAUUUCUUUAAAUAAUUACAUCUAAUUAUAAAGUAGUAAUCAAACAUGUUUGGAUUUCAUGUAAUCCCAACUCAACUAAUUACAUUAAAUUUUGAAGAGAUGUAAUCAUAAUUACAUCUGAUAACAUUCUGAUCCAGUUUACAGUCAGCCAUUUACAGCAGGCUUAUGAAGUUGUAACAUGACUUGUAUACUUUCUACAGCAUAGCUUUUUUGUACAAUUGAUGUGUACUUUAAAGGUGUCAGUAAUUCUUUCAUUGUUUCAAGUUAUUUCAAGGUGUGAACAGCUAUUAUAGAUCAAUAGUAAUAGUGAUAAUUAAAAUUGUUAUAUGGCUUUACCUGGUGUCUGUGAUAGAGAAGUAUUCUUGCAUAUAGCAAAGGAUUUUCACUUGUUUUUGCUGGUUCUUGAAAAACUCGUUUUACACUCCAGGAUGUAAGAUGACUUGCUGUGCAAAUGCAUAAAUUCAUACGCUACUAUGAUAAAAUUGUGCUUUGUAGAAAAGCAUUUGUUUUACUUAUAAAUAAUAAUUAUGUCUCCCCCAUAGGUGGGGGAGACAUAUUGUUUUUGCCUUCGCCGUCUGUCCACCAGCCUGCCUGUCCGUCCGUCUGUCCGUCCCCAUUAAGCUUGCCGGCUUUCACAGGUAAAACUGCUGGCCAGAUUUCGACGAAACUUCACAGGUGUGAUCAGUACCAACCCUAGUUGUGCAUAUCGCUGCACAAAAUGGCCACCAGAGCUAAAAAUAGAAAAAUCUUGUCUGGCUUUCACAGGUCAAACUGCUGGACAGAUUUCGAAGAAACUUCACAGGAGUGAUCAGUACCAACCCUAGUUGUGCAUAUCGCCGACAUGUUCAACUUUGCUAUACAAAAUGGCCACCAGAGCUAAAGGUAUACAUAGGGGGGAGACAUAUGUUUUUGUGACAAAAACACCUUCUAGUUCCUUCUUUUAUUUGAAGAAUAUGGUAUGCAAGGAAAAGAAUCUGUCUCUGAUUGUAGGGUAUGGAUGGAAUUACCAGGUUCCUGAGUAACUUUUAUUAUGGUAACUCGGCAGAGCCUUGUUGCCACCCAGACAGUUACCUUUAAGGCAGAUAUUUAGGUAUGCACCUGCAACCAGUGAAUGAAUCUUAUAAAUCAAAAUGUAUAUUCAGCCAUAAAUGAAAACUGUAUUAAAUUUGAAGAAACAUCUAGUCCAAAGUUUAAGACUGUUGGAAAUGGAUCAAGAUUAGAAUCUGUCUGUAGAAUUAUCAAAAAUAAUAAACCAUACAUAGAAAUUAUUCAAUGAGUUUGACAUUAAUGUUCAGCUACAGUUCUUUUUAUGCCCCCGAUGGGAGGCAUAUUAGUUUUCAACUGUCCAUCCGUUCGUUCAUAUUCGUUCGUUAGUUAGUUAGUUAGUUCGUUAGUCACAACGUUAACUUUUUGCAUGAAGGCACUUUACUCGCGAACCACUGCACCAAGGACCUUCAAACUUCACAUGCUGAUAGUACUUGUUGAGUAUACCAUACCUACUGACUUUGGGGUCACCAGGUCAAAGGUCACGGUCACAGGGGCCAACGUUAACUUUUUGCAUGAAGGCACUUUACUCGCGAACCAUUGCACCCAGGACCUUCAUACUUCACAUACUGAUAGUACUUAUUGAGUACACCACCCCUAAUGACUUUGGGGUCACCAGGUCAAAGGUCAAGGUCACAGGGUCCUUCCUCCUCCCCGCUGAUUUAUGUGGAGAAGUUGGCAGAACUCAAAACUUUACUUUUAGAGAGGUAAGUACUAGUACAGAACAGCCCACCUUUUUAGCUCCACUAUUCGGAGAAUAGGGGGGCUAUUCUACUCGCAAUGGUAUGAGCUUUCUUGGUUAAAGUUUUUUGGCAACCUUUGUUUUUAUGCCCCUGAAGGGAGGCAUAUUAGUUUUCAACUGUCCAUCCGUUCGUUCGUUCAUCACGUUAACCUUUGCAUGAAGGCACUUUACUCGUGAACCACUGCACCCAGGACCUUCAAACUUCACAUGGUGAUAGUACUUGUUGAGUACACCACCCUUACUGACUUUGGGGUCACCAGGUCAAAGGUCAAGGUCACAGGGGCUAACGUUAACUUUUUGCAUGAAGGCACUUUACUCGGGAACCACUGCACCCAGGACCUUCAAACUUCACUAGGUGAUAGUACUUAUUGAGUACACCACCCCUACUGACUUUGGGGUCACCAGGUCAAAGGUCAAGGUCACAGGGGCCAACAUUAACUUUUUGCAUGAAGGCACUUUACUUGCGAACCACUUCACCCAGGACCUUCAAACUUUACAUGCUGAUAGUACUUUAUGAGUACACCAACCCUACUGACUUUGGGGUCACCAGGUCAAAGGUCAAGGUCACAGGGGCCAACUUUAACUUUUUGCAUGAAGGCACUUUACAUGCGAACCACUUCACCCAGGACCUUCAAACUUCACAUGCUGAUAGUACUUAUUGAGUACACCACCCCUACUGACUUUUGGGUUACCAGGUCAAAGGUCAAGGUGCUGCUGGGGCAUUUGUCACCAUUAGUGACAGCCCUUGUUGAAAUUGUAGUGUGAUAUAAAGAAUAAAAUACAAAAGGAUAGUACCAGUUAUGUUACAUGUACAAAGUUGAUAUAGAUAUGAAAUAACGAACCAACUGGACUGGCAAGGAAGGGCCAUUCAACAUGUCUUAUUAUAAGUAGGAAAAUAUAAUACAUGUAUCUAUUGUUUUUGACUGGUAUACUAUUUUUUUGGAGGGGGUUUACCUGAUAAUUAUUUUACAAAUAUGUAUUAAAUAAAUGUGUUUAUAUUGAUCAGUUUACCUGACAGAUUAUUCUAAAUGACCGGUAAAACAUUAGAAUGUUUGCUGAUGUUUCAUGGUAAUGUUUAAAUAGUUUGGCUUUCAAUAUGUUAUUUAUUGACUAUAAGCUCAAUGAUUAUUUUUAAGUGUGCUAUUUAUAGCACAUCAAUGAUAUAAGUGUGAUGUGCAAAAAGCAGACAUGCCAAGAACUUCUGUUAUUAGGCUGUCUUUCUUAUUCUUUAUCUCAAACAUUUUAUUUUUUGUUUCUUUUCUUGAUAUUUAAUGCAUCUCAUCUUUCUCAACUGUUGGUAUAGCAAUUAUAUACAGAGAAAUCCAAAUGUAGGACAUUUCACUUCCCGCAAGGGAAGGAGGCAAAUGUCAAAAAUAGGAGGGGUAGUGGGCAAAUGUAUGGAUUGCUUCAAUGAAGGGAAAUCCAUGUUUGACAUUAAAAUAGUCUAUAUUUCUUACUAAUUUAUUUUAUACUUCCACUCGGGAUGAUUUUUAUACGCCCAAAGGGACGUAUUAUGUUAUACCCCGGUGUCCGUCCGUCCGUUAGCAAUUUCUUGUCCGCUCUGUAACUCUUGAACCCCUUGAAGAAUUUCAAAGAAACUUGACACAAAUGUUCACCACAUCGGGAUGACGUGCAGAGCGCAUGUUCUGGAAGGCUCGCUUCAAGGUCAUAUUUUGGGGUCAAAGGUCAUAUGAGUGUGUUUCGUGUCUGCUUUGUAACUCUUGACCGCCUUGAAGGAUUUCAAAGAAACACAAAUGUUCACCACAUCGAGACGACAUGUAGUGCGCAUGUUCUGGAUGGCUCACUUCAAGGUCAAGGUCACACUUAGGGGUCAUAGUCAUAUGAGUGUGUUUCGUGUCCUCUCUGUAACUCUUGAACUGCUUGAAAGAUUGUAAAGAAACUUGGCACAAAUGUUCACCACAUAGAGACGAUGUGCUGAGCGCAUGUUCUGGAGAGCUAGCGUCAAGGUCAAGAUCACACUUAGGGGUCAAAGGUCAUAUCUUUGGGUGUAUAUUGCUCAGCAUUGAGGUGCUCUUGUUCCAGUAAAGGUUACUAUUAGAAGUUAAUUUAAUAUUCAUACAAAGGUACUUGUAACACAAUACAUUUCAUGACCCAUGAUCAAAACAUGAUGUUAGUGGUGGAAAUUGGCCUAAAGAGUGUAUUACUAAGAAUAUUCAUGAAAAAUACUCCUGAUUGUGACAAAUAACUUCUUUGUAUUUAGUCAGUGUAAAUUAAUAUACUUGAUUUGUCUCAGUAUUUCCCCCUCCUAAGGUUUUUGGCUGUUUUGCAUUUGAUUUCUACUUUUUAAGCUUUCAUAUGUAGUCAAAUCAACUAAACAAUAGUUAUUAAGAUGCCAUUCCACAAUUACCAAAAGAAUAAAUUUAUAUUGAUUAUUGUACAUUUCAGUUUUUCCCAAAUGAGACAGUUUGCUGUGAUAUUUUCCCAAUUAAGCCUGUACAAACUGUUAAAAAGGCCUGUGUUAAAUCUUUACCUCAAAUGUUACUGGGUAUCCAAUUAAAUCUUGUUAUUUCUAAUUACA